AGUACCUGUUCCUCCUCCUCCUCUAGUCGUUCUCUACGCUUGUCAGCUAGCGACGGCCUUCAAAUCCAGAAAGCAGUCUUUCGCAGGAUAGGAAAGUUUUAUUAACUCUUUAAGCAAACCCAGCCUUUCAUUUAUAUUUCCAAAGACCAUGGCUAGCUACCACAAACCCGACGAGAAGACUUUGCAGGGACUUAAAGACAUUGCUAACAAGCUAAGGAUCAACUCCAUCAAGGCAACAUGCGCGUCCAACUCUGGCCAUCCCACAUCAUGCUGCAGUGCUGCAGAGCUCAUGUCUGUGCUCUUCUUCCACACCAUGCGCUAUAAAGCAGAUGAUCCUCGUAACCAGUGCAAUGACCGCUUUGUGCUCUCAAAGGGUCAUGCUGCACCUGUCCUGUAUGCUGCCUGGGCAGAAGCGGGUUUUGUCAAGGAAUCUGAUCUUCUCAACCUGCGUAAGAUCGACUGUGACCUAGAGGGGCAUCCCACACCAAAACUGGCAUUUGUUGACGUGGCUACUGGAUCUCUUGGCCAAGGUCUUGGGGCUGCUUGCGGGAUGGCCUAUACCGGCAAACACUUUGACAAAGCCAGUUACCGUGUGUACUGCAUGCUUGGUGAUGGUGAGUGUUCAGAGGGCUCAGUGUGGGAGGCCAUGGCUUUUGCCUCCUACUAUAAGCUGGACAACCUGGUGGCUAUCCUGGACAUCAACCGUCUUGGUCAGAGUGAGCCUGCACCCCUGCAGCAUGACAUGGAAACCUACCGCAAGCGCUGUGAGGCAUUUGGGUGGAACACGCAUGUUGUGGAUGGACAUGAUGUGGAGGAGCUGUGCAAAGCUUUCUGGCAUGCUCAGCAGGUUAAGGGUAAACCUACAUGUAUUGUUGCAAAGACUCUCAAAGGAAAAGGACUUAAAAACAUUGAGGAUCUUGAGAACUGGCAUGGAAAGCCUAUCCCUAAGGACAAGGUAGAGGAAGUAUUAAAGGACCUGCAGUCUCAGAUCCAGGCCCCCAACAAGACCCUCUCCCCAAAGAUGCCCAGUGCUGAUGCAGCACCAGCUGACCUUAGCCCCAUCUCUCUGCCUUCACCUCCAGCUUACAAGAAGGGAGACAAGAUGGCUACAAGGCAGGCCUAUGGUAUAGCGCUGGCCAGACUGGGUCAGGGAAGCCAGAGGGUCGUAGCCCUUGAUGGAGACACAAAAAACUCCACCUUCUCUGAAUUAUUCAAGAAGGCUCACCCUGAUCGCUACAUCGAGUGUUUCAUUGCUGAACAAAAUAUGGUAGGCGUGGCCAUCGGCUGUGCCACUCGUGACCGCACAGUUGCAUUCGCCAGCACGUUUGCUGCCUUCUUCUCAAGAGCCUAUGAUCAGAUUCGUAUGGGAGCCAUCUCCCAGUCAAAUGUCAACCUAGUGGGAUCUCACUGUGGAGUCUCCAUUGGUGAGGAUGGUCCCUCCCAGAUGGCCCUUGAGGACCUGGCCAUGUUCCGCGCCAUACCAACAUGCACUGUGUUUUAUCCAAGUGAUGCAGUGUCUACAGAGAGGGCUGUUGAGCUGUCUGCCAACACAAAGGGAAUCUGCUUCAUUCGUACCAGCAGACCAGCCACUGCAGUGAUCUACUCACCAGAUGAGAAGUUUGAAGUGGGCACAGCAAAGGUGCUGCACCAGUCUGACAAUGAUGUGGCGACUGUCAUUGGAGCUGGAGUCACUCUGCAUGAAGCACUAGCUGCUUAUGAUACACUCAAAAGUGAAGGAAAAAAUAUUUGUGUAAUUGAUCCAUUUACUGUCAAACCCUUGGACGCUGAAACCAUUUUGUCCCGGGCCAGAGCCACAGGAGGGCGCAUCAUCACAGUGGAGGACCACUACAAGGAGGGUGGUCUCGGUGAAGCAGUUUUGUCUGCAGUGGGAGAAGAACCUGGCAUCAUGGUGACCCGCCUGGCAGUGUCUGCUGUUCCUCGCAGUGGAAAGCCUCAAGAGCUUCUGGAUAUAUUCGGCAUCAGCGCCAAGCACAUCGUAGCUGCUGUCCGCCAGACCUUUGCAAACUAAAGACAUCUUCUGAGGUUUCAUCCCAACCUCCAACCAUUUACUUGCCACAGUGUUCACACUUAACCUCUCUACUGCCAUCUUGUGGCUUUGAAACUGCAGCUCACUAACCCUGUAUUACAUCUGACCAGAGAGCAGAUUGAUGUGCUUUUAGCAAUUUUCAUGUUAAUUUUUCUUUCAGACAUUCCUGUUUUCCAAGCCUUGUUGAAGAUAACAGCAAACUACUGUAAAAUUGAAUGGUACAUGAUUUAAUUAUGACUUUAGGGCAUGGCUUUCUGUCUUCAGUUUUUCAUUUUGUCUUAAGUCUUUCAAAGCACCGUUACUGCUGUUCUUGUAAUGUACUAGAUCAUUUCUGUAGUGUUGGUGAAAGCCUUUAAUAUUUUUUGCUGAGCUACAGAUGUUUGCUUCUAUUCAGAGUUAAGUUACACUGAAAACAUUCCACGUAUGCAACAAUGCUGAUGGUGUUGAAGGUUUCUUGUCUCACCUGUCAUUGCCGAUUGCAACAUUAAAAAAACUCAUGGCAAAACACA